AUGCCUGUCGCCACCGCAAGCACCACCGAAGCUCCAGCAUCCGUCGUUAAAUCAUCGGUUGAACCGAACUAUAAGCAGAUCGUGGACCCUGCUCCACCUUCCCCGGAUAAGUUAGAUCCUCCUAGCUCUGAUACUCUUGCUUCUGAAAUAUUGCUUAAGGAAAUCGAGGGUUCGAAGGCCAGCGGGACUAGUGUUAGCUCGGUCGCUGGGGGUGGCGCCUGCCCCGUUAACGAUAUCCUGAAGAAGAUUCUCCGAGCUGAGCGGUUUGGUGUACCGAUUCAGUUGUCUGAGCAAGAGAAGCGUUAUUCUAGGGCUGAGAGGUUUGGCCCUGCACCCAGCACAAAUGGAUCAGAAGCAUCUAAGCAAUCAGAGGACUUGAAGAGGAAAGUGAGAGCAGAGAGGUUUGGGCUUUCUGUAUCCUCUAUGGGUGCUGAUGAAGAGGAAAAAAAUAAAGCACGUCUCACCAGAUUUGCACCAGAAUCCAAAUCGGAUACUAUGGAAGAGGAGAAACGAAAAGCGAGGGCAAUCAGGUUUUCUAAUCCUCCAUCAAGUACUUCAUCACAGGCGAAUGGCAAGGGAAAUAUUGAACCAGAGGCUCUUAUUGCUGGAAAGGCUGGUGAAGGAACCUGAAUACGAGUUUCCUACAUAGUUAGAAGGACCAGUAGUGUACUAUCAUUUUGUGAUUCCCUCAGCGUCCUCUUUACAAUGUUUUCCUUCAACCUUAGAAUUCUUACACUCAGUAAUCCUUCAUCCUUAGAUAAAUGUCUAAAGCAGUGAAAAGGUUCCUUUGGCAGUUAGGCUCUAUUCACUUGGUGAGGCCUAUAGGGGAAACAACCAUCACCUGUAGUGUUAACUUGUCUCAGAUCCUACAAAGAGCAUUAAAAACUCUGGUAUAGGGGCUAGAAAAUUUCAACUUUUCCCUUUUGGUAAUGUAGUUGAGAAAGCAUGAAGUAGUUGGUAAUUUCUUCAAUGGUUGUUCUGUUCCCUUGCGAUGGUAAUAUUUUUGGAGCAUCUUAUUUUUUUUUUUUUGAUAGAAUCUUGGAGCAUCUUAUAAUCUUCCAGUUAAUUGGUAUGAUCAAGUGUGAGACAGCAGUAGUAUUCAUAUCGAGUCUGUCUAUUUCUAUGGGUUAAAGAACUUAAAGUUGUUGAUAUUAGCAGCUUCAUUGGAAUUCUUGGGACUCUUUAUCUUUUUCAUAAAUAACUUUGGUUUUUAUAUGUUAGUGAUAGGCUCUUUUUUAUUUUUUGGAAUUGGGGCUUUGGCUGUAAGAUGACACAUGAUAAACUAAAUGCCUUUGAUAUGAGCAAAUGUGGAUACCUUUUUUCUGUGUUUACAUUAAAAAAAGAUUGGAAAGCUUUAUUGUGGGAGUUCGUGGGAGGCUUAUGUUUAGAUUGUUUUUGUUCUUUUAAUCACUGACUGUUGUCGUGUUUCUUUCGUUCCUUUCAAAUGGUUAAAACAAGAAAUAGAAUAAUUUGUUGGAUGUGUGUACGUGCAUGCAUGUUCUCGCAUGCACCCAUUUACAGGUUUGUAUGUCUAUCUGCGCACGACACUCGUGGCUCAAAUGGAACUAAUCCUACUUCAUUAGUUAACUCUCUUUCUAUGCAACGCUGUUGUGGAUAUGAUACUACUGCUGUUCAGUAUUUGAUCAUGAGAGGUAUAUUGAAAAGUGUGAAUGGUUUUCAUAAUGUUUAAGAUUUUGAAUAUUGGGAACAUUUUCAAUCAUUGAUGAGACUAUAUGAUCGAAAAGCUAAUACUUUUUUUUCAGAGUCCAUUGCUUUAAAAUUUAUUCUUCUGGUUUAUUUUCGAGAUAAGUGACACUACCACACUUUAAGAUGAUUGUUAGCUUCCCUUAGGUCUCAGUCUCACCAGAUGAAUUGCUGAUAAAUCCGACAAGGUAAUCAUCGUGGGAAUGAAGGCUGCUAAUAUUUCCUCAAUCUUUCUUUUUUUCUCGUGUAAAGAUGAAGUGUUAGUAAUUAGUUUUUUGGUUGGAAAAUUUUGUAUGGAAGACCGGUUAAACAUUGAGGGAGUCGCAAAGUCUUAACAUUAUUUACUUCAAAGUUUUUGGUUUAGGGUCAU